CGAGUGCAGGUGCAACAGCUCCUCGAGCAGUCAUUACACACGGACUGAAGUACCGCUAGUGUUCACCCCACUCUCGCUGUCUGUGGAGUGCGUCGAGAAACUCCAGCGCUGUGAGAAUCGUCCGGGAUAUUCGCCGAGAAACAAACGCACACUUGUUCAGUCUCAUGCCACUGAAUUCUGAGGAGUCAAAGAUGAUUUCCAGCUUUGAAUGUAGCGUCAGUCUUCCCACGGUGAACAUCGCUUGUUUUGAGGAGAGCACAAAGUUUUAGGACACUUGAAAGAGCCUUAGCGCUUUGAUUUGUUUGUAGAUAACCGUUAUCUACUUCACGCGCAGUGUUAAUACUGACGAGCGCGCGCAGAGCGGACACUCUUCACAUGCUGAGCCAUGGAGACGCUAACUUCCGCGAAACUUCACACCUGCCUGGCAUUCUUAUCAUUUCUGUGCUGUAUCCCAGGUGACCUUGCCCAACUUCAGCUGCCUCAGAAAAAUGUAGAAGUGAUCAAAGGGCAGAUGGUAGUGCUGCAGGCUUCUUACACUGGUGUGGAGAUUGAGAAAAAUACUGUGGUUUGGAACUACAUGUCCAGCAGCACAGAAAUGAUUAUCUCAUAUGUUGGUGGAAAAUUAAGUUAUAGCACUUCCCAGUUUGCAGGGCGAGUUGGUUUUAUGCAUAAUAUGCCCAACACCAACCUGUCCCUGUACAUUAACAACACCAAAGCAUCAGACUCAGGGAAGUACAUGUGCCAGGUUAUUAUACCAGGCAUCACAGGACAUACUGGAGAGCUCACCCUUGAUGUUAAAGUCCCUCCUUCGGUUCCAGUUUGUCAAGUUAAAGGAAGGCCUGUUCUUAAAGGGAACAUCACUCUGGCUUGUAACUCUGAUGAUGGGAAACCUGCACCACAAUACAAGUGGACCAAGACCAGCCCCACUUCAGAAGUCUUCUUCCCUCCCGCACAAAAUGAAACAGCAGGAACAUUAAAGCUGAACAAUCUGAGCAGUAAUAUGUCAGGGAAAUACAUGUGCACCGCAUCCAACUCUGCAGGAGCGGAGACGUGCUACAUCAACCUGGAGGUCAUCACAUCGACUAAUGCUGGGAUGAUCGCUGGUGUCACAGUUGGUUGUAUUGUGGCUCUCAUCCUCAUCAUUCUCUUCCUCGUCUUCAUGUGGACAAGACGGAAGGACACUGAGGAGGAUUUAGCUAAUGAAAUCAAAGAGGAUGCUCAGGCUCCCAAACGCGUCUCAUGGGCCAAGAGUGGCACUGGAUCUGACAUCAUCUCUAAAAACGGCACCCUGUCCUCCAUUCACACCAGCUCUUACCCGCGAGACACCAAGAACCACCACCAUUACCCUCACUCCGACACCGCGUCCAUCCUCACAGCCACGGGCAGCACAGCAGGCUACCGCUCGCAGCCUCCAGCAGACGCCAGCCUGGAGCGCACAUUGCCAGGCUACAACACCAACCCCACCCCACCCCGUGGACCCUCGGGACCCCCCAGCACCAAUGGAGGCACACCUCAUUACACCUCAGUGACCCGGCCAGCCUCCGCUCAGCCUCAGAUUCCUCGUCAGCCCUUGCUGCCCACCACUGUAACUGCUGCCAACAUCUCCCGCAUGGGAGGGGUACCCAUUAUGGUGCCAGCGCAAAACCAGGCUGGCUCUCUGGUGUAGGACCAAACAUUUCAUGUCUGCGGUGACACAAACUAAAGCACAUUGGAAAGGAUGAAUAGGAACUGAUAAGCUUAAUGCCUCUGUAUGGAAACUGUAUGAUGUCAUUUUCUUUAUUUUGUUUAAAUGUAAGCAAAAAUAUGUAAAGAUGCUCAUUUUAAUGUUUUAAACGUUUUUUACUGUUCAAAGUAAUACAAAAAACUUUCUAUAAAUUGGAGCUUGUUUAACUAUAAAUGAAAAGACACUGACCAAAAAACAAAGAUGUUGGAACAUUAGUGCUAUUCAAAUGAUUAAUCGCAUCCAAAAUAUACGUUUUUGUUUACACAGUAUGUGUGUGUACUUUGUAUUUUUAUUAUGUAUGUAUACUGUAUAUACACUCACAUGCAUGUAUAUAUUUAAUAAAAAUAUGUUGUUUAUAUAUUAAAUAAAUUAUGAAUAUAAAUAUACACAUGUAAAUAUUUUUUUAUAUAUACAGUAUGUGUGUGUAUUAAUAAAUAUACACAGUACACACUAUACACACACACACAUAUUAUGUAAACAAAAAUAUUUAUUUUGAAUGCGAUUAAUCGUUUGACAGCACAAUUGGAAUUAUUCACUUUUUCACUUCAUUGUAUUGAUUCUUUUUGUUGUUUCUGCUUUGAUUGUUAUUUUGCUAACUAAAGAUGCUAUUUUGCCUUGAUGAAAACAAAUGAAAGGUCUAUUCCAUAUUAUUUACAGACACUCCUCAUGAAUAUUUACGUUUAAUACAUAUGUGGAAGUAAGCUGUUUUAGUUUGAAUUGCAGCACCCACUCUUAUGUUUCAUAGCCGCAUAUGUUAAGGGACAUCACCUAAAAUGUGACAUAUUAAGUUGCUUUAUUUGCCUUUAAAUGUUUUUGGCCAAGUAUUUAGAAAUAAACUUAUGUUGUUAUCUCAGAGAUGUGUGGUAGCUUUUUUCAAUUUAGAAGUGUGGAAUUUGCUAUAUUGUGUUUUUGUACCCCAUGAUGAUAUUUUAAAACUAAUGUAUUAAAUUGAAUAUGUAAACUGUAUUUAUAAACAUUCAUUUACCUUACUGUAAAUAAGGUAUUUAUUUUUCAUUCUAGAUCUGUGGUCAUUUCACAAUUUCGUAGCAAAGAAGUUCAUGAUUUUUCUGGUUCACUGGAUACAAAAACAUCCAGUUUCCAGGAAAUAAAUGCACCAGUGAAACAAACUCAAAA